AUGUCUUCAGUAAUACAACUUCUCCAGAAAAGUCCUCUUGACAUCAAGAACGAUAACAGCCCCGCAGCUCAGGCAAACUGCAGAACAGAUGUGGCCUUCUACGUCUACAGCCCUAAAGACGUGUCUGCAACAGCAAGUGGACCGAUAGUCUUGCCCACUGUCAGAACCAAUGCCGGCGGGGGAUUUGACGCGAGCACAGGCUUCUUCACAGCCCCCGUGUCGGGGUUGUACCAGUUCCACACCAACUUUAUGUGCGCCGACCUCAACAAGUACGUCCACACUGGCCUCUAUGUCGAUGGCGCGUUGGUAGCGGGCUCCAUUUCCGACUGCAGACACGGGUUCUACGACAGCGUCAGCUCAGAAGCCGUUGUCCAUGUAAACGCUGGGCAGAAGGUUCACCUGGGCAACUGGGACGACACUCAAGCGACCUACUUUGGUUUCCCCUAUACAACCUUUUCUGGUUUCCUUCUCCGAGCAGACUGA